CGCCGCCAGCCGGGAGAGGCGAGAAGGCGCACCGGAGCCAAGUCCCGCAGCCCCAGCAUGGCUUCGGGGGACCUUUACGAGGUUGAAAGGAUCGUAGACAAAAGGAAGAACAAAAAAGGGAAAUGGGAGUAUCUGAUACGAUGGAAAGGUUACGGAAGCAAUGAGGACACUUGGGAACCGGAACAUCAUUUGCUGCACUGUGAGGAAUUUAUUGACGAAUUCAACGGCCUGCACAUCACGAGAGAAAAGAGAGCAAAGCACGGGAAGCAAGCUGUCACGCCAAAAUUUUUACGAGAGAGCCGAGGCUCAUCUUUGGACAAAAUCUCACACAGACCGACUGACACUGGGAAGGGCAAAGGUUUGUCUCAUAAAAAGAAGCGAAUGGCCUCGGCCUUUCCAAAGCCAAAAAAGAGUUACACAGCAAAACCGGCCUCUUCAGGGGACAGAGCGGCUAAAACGGUGUCUUACCGGACUACUCCAAGUGGCUUACAGAUUAUGCCCUUGAAAAAAACCCACAACGGCCUACAGAAUGGAGAUGCCAGUUAUGAGAAGGACUCUAGACAUUUUGGGAAUGGCUCCCAAAAGCCAAACAUGGAUUUAAACGAACACGAAGGGGAACAUGACCUGUCCACUGUUCUGGAUGUUAAUAGCGAGUCACCCGUCAUGAAUGGAAUCGGUUCUUCUCUGGCUAAUGGAGGCCUGAAUCUUCAUAGCACUGUGAAAAGGAAACUGGAAGGAGAGAAGGAUUACGUCUUUGAUAAGAGGCUAAGGUACAGCGUGCGUCAAAACGAGAGCAACUGUCGGUUCAGAGACAUUGUAGUGCGCAAAGAAGACGGAUUCACGCACAUCCUCCUGUCCAGUCAGACCUCAGAUAACAAUGCACUGACUCCAGAGAUCAUGAAGGAAGUCCGGCGAGCGCUGUGCAACGCAUCGGCGGACGACAGCAAACUCCUGCUCCUUAGCGCAGUGGGUAGUGUCUUCUGCAGCGGCCUCGAUUACUCCUAUUUAAUUGGCAGGUUGUCAAGUGACAGAAGAAAGGAAAGCACCAGAAUUGCAGAAGCAAUAAGGGAUUUUGUCAAAGCUUUUAUUCAGUUUAAGAAGCCAAUUGUAGUUGCAAUCAAUGGCCCUGCACUCGGCUUGGGGGCUUCAAUAUUACCACUGUGCGAUAUUGUUUGGGCAAGCGAAAAGGCCUGGUUUCAGACACCGUAUGCGACAAUUCGGCUCACUCCAGCUGGCUGUUCGUCCUAUACGUUUCCACAGAUCCUAGGGGUAGCUCUGGCAAAUGAAAUGCUCUUUUGUGGGAGGAAGCUCACGGCACAAGAAGCCUGCAGCAGAGGACUCGUGUCCCAAGUCUUUUGGCCCACGACAUUCAGUCAAGAAGUGAUGUUGAGGGUGAAAGAAAUGGCAUCUUGCAGUGCCGUGGUAUUAGAAGAAUCUAAAUGCCUGGUUCGGAGCUUCCUGAAAUCUGGACUUGAAGAUGUCAAUGAGAAAGAGUGCCAGAUGUUAAAGCAGCUCUGGAGUUCUUCCAAAGGACUGGAUUCGUUGUUCAGUUAUUUGCAGGACAAAAUUUAUGAAGUCUGACCCUCCUUUCAUGCGCCUCAAAAGAGAAGAGGUUCCAAGGGAAGAGGGGUUUCAAGUGUCACGCGGGUUUGGAUAAUAAAAUUAAACAUCAAUUCCAGAUCCAAUCAGUUCUUCAGAGGAAUAUGUGUGACGAUGUAUCUAACAUACCUAUGGCUGUGUCAGUUUCCUUGUGAGUUACAUAGAGAAGUUCAGCAGCUGUUCCUAACCAGGUUUCAUUCUCGUUUGACAAACGGAAAGAGGACCAGGUUUACGCACACAUACUUGACAGAGGACUGGAUCAUUUGCAUGCGCGGCUAGAAAGAACCAGACAUUCCGCCGGCUGAAAAGCACUAGUGUCUCCCUCCAAGGGACACCUUGAGUUUGUUUUUGUUUUGUUAUUUUUAACUUAUUCUUUGCAAGUGGUUUGACCCAAGAGCCUUAGUUUGGAAUUUGGGUCAAUACUUUUUAGAGCCUGCUUUAGAACUGUUUUAAUACUUUUAUUAAUUUUUUUUCGGUUGGCUUUUGAGAAGUUAACAACGAGAUGGAUUUUUUUGUAUAAUUUAUAUGUAUGAUGUAUAAAAAGAUUAAUUUUGCAAACUGAAACAGCAACAAAAACCCAAACAACCCUACUUGGAAUUCUUGUCCUUCAGAUGAAUUUAUUUAAUUAAUUUAUUUGUACCUCUGCAUCUGUAUAUAGUGGACUGUGUAAGAUGUUAUUGUUAUAAUUUUCAUACUUCUGCAGACUGGAUACAUGUUUUGUACAAAAGUACAAGCUCUUCAGUUUACUUUAACGGAGUGAAUUGGGCAGACCAGAUUAAGAAGGAAGGCGAAACAGGUAAUAUAAGCAACAUUACGGGGCAUUAAAAGCAAUGGCCAUAGCGGAAUUUCUGUAGGUGGGACACUGUACCAAAAGUUCUAAAACAGUCCAUCAUUUUAUCGAUUCCAUAGGGGAAACCAGUGUGAAGUUGUGAGAGUUACUCAAGAUCCCCUUUUCUUCCUGCCAAUGCGAGGCACAUUUUAGGGAUUUUUGUAUUUUUUUAAAAACGAAGACUAGUAUGUUUACUCUUUUCUUCUUAUUAGCUGGACAUUAGUAACAGGGUGUACAGUGCCCCAACUGUGGUACUGAUAAAGGGGUCAAACAUCCCUUUGUAUUGUGAAGCUGAGAAUCCCCCCCCCCUCCCUCCAUGGGCCUCUGGUCAAUUCUGGUUUUCAAAUGUGGGACAAAUACCAUUCAGACAGUUCUGAGAGAUACUAGCACAAAAACGGCUAGAUUAUGAAUUAGAUCAGGAAAGAUAAUAGAAUAUAAUAGUUUGUUCUUAGAAUAAUACCCUGGCAUUUGGGUGGGGGAAGUGUAAUAUAUGACAAGAUUUUCCCUACUGAAUUGGUCUAACACCUUAUUUUGUGGAAUUAAAGAAUAGAGGUAGCAUUGAAGCAGAAGAUUUGCACGUAUAUUCUGGUAGCUUGUGCAUUAUCCGGUAGUCUCCACACUACUACAAUAAGCUCUUACUUCUUUUCAAAAAAGGCAGAAUGCUCUGUGCAAAAGACUGUUAGGAAGAGAGAGUCCACAUUUUUUGCUGAAGUUCACAAAUGUUGGAGAACAUGAAUAUUACCAUGAUUUAUUUUUUAAAGAACUUGAUUUGGGGGAGGGGGUGUGCUUUUUUAUCCAUUCAUUGCUAAAAGGAAAACGCCUUCCAAUUAUGUUCCAUUUCUUUUUGCAUUUUUGAGCUUCCAGAUAAGGCUGUUUAAGGGUGUUUUAUUUUUGUUUCGUAUUUGACAGAACUCCACCUUCUAAUUAGAACACUUCCCUAGAGAACAUCUUGUUGAAAACCUGUGGCAAAGCAGGGCUUAAGGUUUACUUGAUUGUUCUUGAAUGCAAUAUUAAAGAUGGUUUGUGGAGCUACCGUAACCAUAUAUACCCCAAACUGAUAUUAUGUUCUUCAUUGAAGUGGGGUUCUGAUGCUCCUCUUAAUGGGUUGGAUCCUACCAGCUUUUCCAUGGGUGACAACAACAACUUUUGACAACAACAAAAGGGUAUUCUAUGGGAUCCACAUAGGCAAAAGCCCAGUGGGACACACUCGCAGUGAGGAUAAAAUUGAGCAGAAAAACUGGCAGGAUCCAACUCAGGGCUUUUUUUCAGCUGGAACGUGGUGGAACAGAG